AGGCAGGGGGCGGCAACAUGGCGGAGUGAGCGGCGGCGUCGGGGCUUCACAACAACAGUGGCGCUCGUAGCAGCGGCAGCAGCAGCGUCAAUAACAUCGGCCACAGCCUGAGCUUCAGCACCGGCCAGCGCCGAGACCAGCUGCUGGCGCCCCAGGGCUGUUUGGAGCGGCGGCAGCAUCUCCGCGGGGGGCGGGCCGGGCCGGACUGACCGGGAGGGGGAGAGAGAGCAGGCAGCGGCGGCGGCAGCGGCACAGCUGCUGGGCGGGCACUGCCGCUCACCGGGCAGCGGUUUUAGCGGCGCCGCCACCACCGGGAAUCAGGCUGAGAAUCCCUCACCGCCUCCGCCGGGGAGGGCGCCGGAGCGGGCCGGGCUGAAGCACGGGCGGGGAGCGGGCCCGGCGCCGCGGCGCUGGUGGAUGCUGGGGCUCCGAGGCGACGGCCGGGGGGCGGGGGCCGAGGCAGGUAUAACGGUACCGGCGGAGGCAGCGCCGCUUCUCUGCUCUUCUCCCAAGGAGGGGGCCCAAUGGCGAGCGAGAAGCCGGGCCCGGGCCCGGGGCUCGAGCCUCAGCCCGUGGGGCUCAUCGCCGUCGGGGCCGGAGGCGGAGGCGGCGGGGGCAGCGGCGGUGGCGGCAUCGCGGGCAGCGGGAUGGGGGAGCUGAGAGGGGCGUCCGGCUCCGGCUCGGUGGUGCUCCCCGCGGGGAUGAUUAACCCCUCGGUGCCGAUCCGCAACAUCCGGAUGAAAUUCGCAGUGUUGAUUGGACUCAUACAGGUCGGAGAGGUCAGCAACAGGGACAUCGUGGAGACGGUGCUCAACCUGCUUGUUGGUGGUGAAUUUGAUUUGGAAAUGAACUUUAUUAUCCAGGAUGCUGAGAGUAUAACUUGCAUGACAGAGCUUUUGGAGCACUGUGAUGUAACAUGUCAAGCAGAAAUAUGGAGCAUGUUUACGGCCAUUCUACGCAAAAGUGUUCGAAAUUUACAGACUAGCACAGAAGUUGGGCUAAUUGAACAAGUAUUGCUGAAAAUGAGUGCUGUAGAUGACAUGAUAGCAGAUCUUCUAGUUGAUAUGUUGGGGGUUCUUGCCAGCUACAGCAUCACUGUCAAGGAGUUGAAGCUUUUGUUCAGCAUGCUUCGAGGAGAAAGUGGAAUCUGGCCAAGACAUGCAGUAAAAUUAUUGUCAGUUCUUAAUCAGAUGCCACAAAGACAUGGUCCUGAUACUUUUUUCAAUUUCCCUGGUUGUAGUGCUGCGGCAAUUGCAUUGCCUCCUAUUGCAAAGUGGCCUUAUCAGAAUGGCUUCACCCUAAACACUUGGUUUCGUAUGGAUCCAUUAAAUAACAUUAAUGUUGAUAAGGAUAAACCUUAUCUUUAUUGUUUUCGUACUAGCAAAGGAGUCGGUUAUUCUGCUCAUUUUGUUGGUAACUGUUUAAUAGUCACAUCAUUGAAGUCCAAAGGAAAAGGUUUUCAGCACUGUGUGAAGUAUGAUUUUCAACCACGGAAGUGGUAUAUGAUCAGCAUUGUCCACAUUUACAAUCGAUGGAGGAACAGUGAAAUCCGGUGUUAUGUUAAUGGACAGCUGGUAUCUUAUGGUGAUAUGGCUUGGCAUGUGAACACAAAUGAUAGCUAUGACAAGUGCUUUCUGGGAUCUUCAGAAACUGCUGAUGCAAAUAGGGUAUUCUGUGGUCAACUUGGUGCCGUGUAUGUGUUCAGUGAAGCACUCAACCCAGCACAAAUAUUUGCAAUUCAUCAAUUAGGACCUGGAUACAAGAGUACUUUCAAGUUUAAAUCAGAGAGUGAUAUUCAUUUGGCAGAACACCAUAAACAGGUUUUAUAUGAUGGAAAACUUGCAAGUAGUAUUGCCUUUACAUAUAAUGCUAAGGCUACUGAUGCUCAGCUAUGCCUGGAAUCAUCACCAAAGGAAAAUGCAUCAAUUUUUGUGCAUUCCCCACAUGCUCUAAUGCUCCAGGAUGUGAAAGCAAUAGUAACACAUUCAAUUCAUAGUGCAAUUCAUUCAAUUGGAGGGAUUCAAGUCCUUUUUCCACUUUUUGCCCAACUGGAUAAUCGGCAGSUCAAUGACAGUCAAGUGGAAACAACUGUCUGUGCUACUCUUUUGGCAUUCCUGGUUGAACUCCUUAAAAGUUCAGUAGCCAUGCAAGAACAGAUGCUGGGUGGAAAAGGCUUUUUAGUCAUUGGCUACUUACUUGAAAAGUCAUCAAGGGUUCAUAUAACUAGAGCUGUCUUGGAACAAUUUUUAUCCUUUGCAAAAUACCUUGAUGGUUUAUCUCAUGGAGCACCUUUGCUGAAGCAGCUUUGUGAUCACAUUUUAUUCAACCCAGCCAUCUGGAUACACACACCUGCAAAGGUUCAACUUUCCCUAUAUACUUAUUUGUCUGCUGAAUUUAUUGGAACUGCUACCAUCUACACCACCAUACGCAGAGUAGGAACAGUAUUACAGCUAAUGCACACAUUAAAAUAUUACUACUGGGUUAUUAAUCCUGCUGACAGUAGUGGAAUUACACCAAAAGGAUUGGAUGGUCCCCGGCCAUCACAAAAAGAAAUUAUAUCACUUCGGGCAUUUAUGCUGCUUUUUCUGAAACAGCUUAUAUUAAAGGACCGAGGGGUCAAGGAAGACGAACUUCAGAGUAUAUUAAAUUACCUUCUCACAAUGCAUGAGGAUGAAAAUAUUCAUGAUGUGUUACAGUUACUAGUGGCUUUAAUGUCAGAACACCCAGCUUCAAUGAUACCAGCAUUUGAUCAAAGAAAUGGAAUAAGGGUGAUCUACAAAUUAUUGGCUUCUAAAAGUGAAAGUAUUUGGGUUCAAGCUCUGAAGGUUCUGGGAUACUUUCUGAAGCAUUUAGGUCACAAGAGAAAAGUUGAAAUUAUGCACACCCAUAGUCUUUUCACUCUUCUUGGAGAAAGACUGAUGCUGCAUACAAACACUGUGACUGUCACCACAUACAACACACUUUAUGAGAUCUUGACAGAGCAAGUGUGUACUCAAGUUGUACACAAACCACAUCCAGAACCAGACUCUACAGUGAAAAUUCAAAAUCCAAUGAUUCUUAAGGUGGUGGCAACUUUAUUAAAAAACUCUACACCAAGUGCAGAAUUGAUGGAAGUUCGCCGUUUAUUUUUAUCUGAUAUGAUAAAACUUUUCAGUAACAGCCGUGAAAAUAGAAGAUGCUUAUUGCAGUGUUCGGUAUGGCAGGAUUGGAUGUUUUCUCUUGGCUAUAUUAAUCCUAAAAAUUCUGAGGAGCAGAAGAUUACGGAGAUGGUCUACAAUAUUUUUCGGAUUCUUUUGUAUCAUGCAAUAAAAUAUGAAUGGGGAGGCUGGAGAGUCUGGGUGGAUACACUUUCAAUAGCCCACUCCAAGGUCACUUAUGAAGCACAUAAGGAAUACCUUGCCAAAAUGUAUGAAGAAUAUCAAAGACAAGAAGAGGAAAACAUUAAAAAGGGAAAGAAAGGGAAUGUGAGCACCAUCUCUGGUCUUUCAUCACAGACAACAGGAGCAAAAGGAGGAAUGGAAAUCCGAGAGAUAGAAGAUCUCUCUCAAAGCCAGAGCCCAGAAAGUGAGACAGAUUAUCCUGUCAGCACAGAUACUCGAGACUUACUCAUGUCAACCAAAGUAUCAGAUGACAUUCUUGGAAAUUCAGAUAGACCAGGGAGUGGGGUACAUGUGGAAGUACAUGAUCUUCUAGUUGAUAUAAAAGCAGAAAAAGUAGAAGCAACAGAAGUAAAACUUGAUGAUAUGGAUUUAUCUCCAGAGACUUUAGUGGGUGGAGAAAAUGGUGCCCUUGUGGAGGUUGAAUCUUUGUUGGAUAAUGUAUACAGUGCCGCUGUUGAGAAACUCCAGARCAAUGUACAUGGAAGUGUUGGGAUCAUUAAAAAAAAUGAAGAGAAGGAUAAUGGUCCAUUGAUAACAUUAGCAGAUGAGAAAGAGGAACUUCCCAAUAGUAGUGCAUCAUUUCUUUUUGAUAAAAUACCCAAACAGGAGGAGAAACUCCUUCCUGAACUUUCUAGCAAUCACAUCAUUCCAAAUAUUCAGGACACACAGGUACAUCUUGGUGUGAGUGAUGAUCUUGGAUUGCUUGCCCACAUGACUGGGAGUGUAGACUUAACUUGUACAUCAAGUAUAAUAGAAGAAAAAGAGUUCAAAAUCCAUACAACAUCAGAUGGAAUGACUAGUAUUUCUGAAAGAGACUUAUCAUCAUCAGCCAAGGGAUUAGAGUAUGCUGAAAUGACUGCAACAACUCUGGAAACUGAGUCUUCUGGCACCAAAAUUGUACCCAAUAUUGAUGCAGGAAGUAUUAUUUCAGAUACUGAGAGAUCUGAUGAUGGCAAAGAAUCAGGAAAGGAAAUCCGAAAAAUUCAGACCACUGCUACAACACAAGCAGUUCAGGGUCGGUCUAUCACCCAACAAGAUCGAGAUCUCCGAGUUGAUUUAGGAUUUCGUGGGAUGCCCAUGACUGAGGAGCAGAGGCGCCAGUUCAGCCCAGGACCCCGGACUACGAUGUUUCGGAUUCCAGAGUUUAAAUGGUCUCCAAUGCACCAGCGGCUUCUCACAGAUUUGCUAUUUGCAUUAGAAACAGAUGUACAUGUUUGGAGAAGCCAUUCAACAAAGUCUGUAAUGGAUUUUGUCAAUAGCAAUGAAAAUAUUAUUUUUGUACAUAACACAAUUCACCUCAUUUCUCAAAUGGUAGACAACAUCAUUAUUGCUUGUGGAGGAAUUUUACCUUUGCUCUCUGCAGCUACAUCACCAACUGGUUCUAAGACGGAAUUGGAAAAUAUUGAAGUGACACAAGGCAUGUCAGCUGAGACUGCAGUUACUUUCCUCAGUCGAUUGAUGGCUAUGGUUGAUGUCCUUGUGUUUGCCAGCUCUCUGAAUUUCAGUGAGAUUGAAGCUGAAAAGAACAUGUCUUCUGGAGGUUUAAUGCGACAGUGCCUAAGACUAGUUUGUUGUGUAGCUGUGAGAAACUGUUUAGAAUGUCGACAAAGACAAAGAGACAGGGGAAACAAAUCUUCUCUUGGAAGCAGUAAACCUCAGGAAGUUCCCCAAAGUGUGACUGCCACAACAACAUCAAAGACUCCCUUAGAAAAUGUUCCAGGUAACCUUUCUCCUAUCAAAGAUCCUGAUAGACUUCUUCAGGAUGUUGAUAUUAAUCGCCUGCGUGCCGUUGUCUUUCGGGAUGUGGAUGACAGCAAGCAGGCACAGUUCUUAGCUCUGGCUGUUGUUUACUUCAUUUCGGUUCUGAUGGUUUCUAAGUAUCGUGACAUAUUAGAACCCCAGAGAGAGACUGCAAGACCUGGAAGCCAACCAGGUAGAAACAUCAGACAAGAAAUAAAUUCACCAACAAGUACAGUUGUGGUCAUACCAUCUAUCCCUCAUCCAAGUUUGAACCAUGGAUUCCUUGCCAAGUUAAUUCCUGAGCAGAGCUUUGCCCACUCAUUUUACAAAGAAACACCUGCUGCAUUUCCAGACACUAUAAAGGAAAAAGAGACACCAACGCCUGGUGAAGAUAUUCAGCUAGAAAGUUCAAUUCCUCAUACAGAUUCAGGAAUUGGAGAGGAGCAAGUGACUAGCAUCCUGAAUGGGGCGGAAUUAGAGACUACUACAGGCCCAGAUGCCAUGAGUGAACUCUUAUCCACUUUGUCAUCAGAGGUGAAGAAAUCACAAGAGAGCUUAACUGAAAAUCCCAAUGAAAUGUUGAAGCCUGCACCAUCCAUAUCUAGCAUUAGUCAGACCAAAGGGAUCAAUGUCAAGGAAAUUUUGAAAAGUCUUGUGGCUGCCCCUGUUGAAAUUGCAGAAUGUGGCCCUGAACCUAUCCCAUACCCAGACCCAGCAUUAAAGAGAGAAGCGCAAACAAUUCUUCCUAUGCAGUUUCAUUCCUUUGACAGGAGUGUUGUGGUACCUGUAAAGAAGCCACCUCCAGGUAGUUUAGCUGUAACUACUGUGGGAGCCACCACUGCAGGAAGUGGGCUGCCAACAGGCAGUACCUCUAACAUAUUUGCCGCUACUGGAGCUACACCAAAAAGUAUGAUUAAUACAACAGGUGCCGUGGAUUCAGGGUCCUCCUCCUCUUCCUCCUCUUCUAGUUUUGUGAAUGGUGCUACCAGCAAAAACCUCCCAGCUGUGCAAACUGUUGCUCCAAUGCCAGAAGAUUCAGCUGAAAACAUGAGCAUCACUGCAAAACUUGAAAGAGCUUUAGAAAAAGUUGCUCCUCUUCUUCGUGAAAUUUUUGUAGACUUUGCCCCAUUCCUAUCUCGUACACUUCUUGGCAGUCAUGGACAAGAGCUAUUGAUAGAAGGCCUUGUUUGCAUGAAGUCCAGCACAUCCGUGGUUGAGCUUGUUAUGCUGCUUUGCUCUCAGGAAUGGCAGAAUUCUAUUCAGAAGAAUGCAGGACUUGCAUUUAUUGAACUCAUCAAUGAAGGAAGAUUACUGUGCCAUGCUAUGAAGGACCAUAUAGUUCGUGUUGCAAAUGAAGCUGAGUUUAUUUUGAACAGACAGAGAGCUGAAGAUGUACAUAAACAUGCAGAAUUUGAGUCCCAGUGUGCCCAAUAUGCUGCUGAUAGAAGAGAGGAAGAAAAGAUGUGUGACCAUCUUAUUAGCGCUGCUAAACAUCGUGAUCAUGUAACAGCAAAUCAGCUGAAACAGAAGAUUCUCAAUAUUCUCACAAAUAAACAUGGUGCUUGGGGAGCAGUUUCUCAUAGCCAGUUGCAUGAUUUCUGGCGUUUGGAUUACUGGGAAGAUGAUCUUCGCAGAAGGAGACGAUUUGUUCGUAAUGCCUUUGGCUCCACUCAUGCUGAAGCAUUGCUGAAAGCUGCAAUAGAAUAUGGCACUGAAGAAGAUGUAGUAAAAUCAAAGAAAGCAUUCAGAAGUCAAGCAAUAGUGAACCAGAAUGCAGAGACUGAACUUAUGUUGGAAGGAGAUGAUGACGCCGUCAGUCUGCUCCAGGAGAAAGAAAUUGACAAUCUUGCAGGCCCAGUGGUUCUCAGCACCCCUGCCCAGCUCAUUGCUCCUGUGGUUGUGGCCAAGGGGACUCUCUCCAUCACCACGACAGAAAUCUACUUUGAGGUAGAUGAGGAUGAUCCUGCCUUCAAGAAGAUCGACACGAAAGUUCUAGCAUACACGGAAGGACUUCAUGGAAAAUGGAUGUUCAGUGAGAUACGAGCCGUAUUUUCUAGACGUUAUCUUCUACAAAACACUGCUCUGGAAGUAUUUAUGGCAAACCGAACCUCUGUAAUGUUUAAUUUUCCUGAUCAAGCAACAGUAAAAAAAGUUGUUUAUAGCUUGCCUCGGGUUGGAGUAGGAACCAGCUAUGGUCUUCCACAAGCCAGGAGGAUAUCAUUGGCCACUCCUCGACAGCUUUAUAAAUCUUCCAACAUGACUCAGCGCUGGCAAAGAAGGGAAAUUUCAAACUUUGAAUAUUUGAUGUUUCUUAAUACCAUAGCAGGACGGACAUAUAAUGAUCUGAACCAAUAUCCUGUGUUUCCAUGGGUGUUAACAAACUAUGAAUCAGAAGAAUUGGACCUGACUCUUCCAGGAAAUUUCAGGGAUCUAUCAAAGCCAAUUGGUGCUUUGAACCCAAAGAGAGCUGUGUUUUAUGCAGAGCGCUAUGAGACAUGGGAAGAUGAUCAAAGCCCACCCUACCAUUAUAAUACACAUUAUUCAACAGCAACAUCGACCUUAUCCUGGCUUGUUCGAAUUGAACCUUUCACAACCUUCUUCCUCAAUGCAAAUGACGGGAAAUUUGACCAUCCAGAUCGAACCUUCUCUUCAAUUGCUAGGUCUUGGAGAACUAGUCAGAGAGAUACUUCUGAUGUAAAGGAACUAAUUCCAGAGUUCUACUACCUACCAGAAAUGUUUGUCAACAGUAAUGGAUAUAAUCUUGGUGUCAGAGAAGAUGAAGUAGUGGUAAAUGAUGUUGAUCUUCCCCCUUGGGCAAAAAAACCUGAAGACUUUGUACGGAUCAACAGGAUGGCCCUGGAAAGUGAAUUUGUUUCUUGCCAACUCCAUCAGUGGAUCGACCUGAUAUUUGGCUACAAACAGCGAGGACCAGAAGCAGUCCGUGCUCUCAACGUUUUUCACUACCUGACCUAUGAAGGCUCUGUGAACCUGGAUAGUAUCACUGAUCCUGUGCUCAGGGAGGCCAUGGAGGCACAGAUACAGAACUUUGGACAGACGCCAUCUCAGUUGCUUAUUGAGCCACAUCCGCCUCGGAGUUCUGCCAUGCACCUGUGUUUCCUUCCACAGAGCCCCCUCAUGUUUAAAGAUCAGAUGCAACAGGAUGUGAUAAUGGUGCUGAAGUUUCCAUCAAAUUCUCCAGUAACUCACGUGGCUGCCAACACCCUACCCCACCUGACCAUCCCUGCAGUGGUAACAGUGACCUGCAGCCGUCUAUUUGCAGUCAAUAGAUGGCACAACACAGUAGGCCUCAGAGGAGCUCCGGGAUACUCCUUGGAUCAAGCCCAUCAUCUUCCCAUUGAAAUGGACCCAUUAAUUGCCAAUAACUCUGGUGUGAACAAACGACAGAUCACAGAUCUCGUGGACCAGAGUAUACAAAUCAAUGCACAUUGUUUCGUGGUCACUGCAGAUAAUCGCUAUAUUCUUAUCUGUGGAUUCUGGGAUAAAAGCUUCAGAGUUUAUUCUACAGAAACAGGGAAAUUGACUCAGAUUGUAUUUGGCCACUGGGAUGUGGUAACAUGUCUGGCCCGGUCAGAGUCGUACAUUGGAGGGGAUUGCUACAUCGUGUCUGGAUCUCGGGAUGCCACCUUGCUUCUCUGGUACUGGAGUGGGCGGCACCAUAUCAUAGGAGACAACCCCAAUAGCAGUGACUAUCCUGCACCAAGAGCUGUUCUCACCGGCCAUGACCAUGAAGUUGUCUGUGUUUCUGUCUGUGCAGAACUUGGACUUGUUAUUAGUGGUGCUAAAGAGGGCCCCUGCCUUGUCCACACCAUCACUGGAGAUUUGCUGAGAGCCCUUGAAGGACCAGAAAACUGCUUGUUCCCACGCUUGAUUUCCGUAUCCAGUGAAGGCCACUGUAUCAUAUACUACGAACGAGGCCGAUUCAGCAAUUUCAGCAUUAAUGGGAAACUUCUGGCUCAAAUGGAGAUCAAUGAUUCAACACGGGCCAUUCUCCUGAGCAGUGAUGGCCAGAACCUGGUGACUGGAGGGGACAAUGGUGUGGUGGAGGUCUGGCAGGCCUGUGACUUCAAGCAGCUCUACAUUUACCCUGGAUGUGAUGCUGGCAUUAGAGCAAUGGAUUUGUCCCAUGACCAGAGGACUCUGAUUACUGGCAUGGCUUCUGGUAGCAUUGUAGCUUUUAAUAUAGAUUUUAAUCGGUGGCAUUAUGAGCAUCAGAACAGAUACUGAAGAGAAGUGAAGAACCACAAGCCAAGCUAAAGCUGAGAGCACAAGUGCUGCAUGGAAAGGCAAUAUCUCUGGUGGAAGAACCUCGUCCACAUCGGCCUCUGUUUGUACAUCCCAUCACACCCAGCAAUAGCUGUACAUCGUAGUCAGCGACCAUUUUACUUUGUGUGUUUUUUCAGAACUGAACACCAGCUGCUACCAAGCAAGCUUGUAUCAUGUAAAUUAUAUGACUUAGGAGAUGUUUUGGUAAUUAUUUCAUAUAUUGUUGUUUAUUGAGAAAAGGUUGUAGGACGUGUCACAAGAGACUUUUGACAAUUCUGAGGAACCUUGUGUUCAGUUGUUACAAAGUUGAAGCUUUGAACCUAACCUGCAUCCCAUUUCCAGCCUCUUUUCAAGCUGAGAAAAAAAAAAACACAUUUGAUACUUUGUACAUCAGAUGCAUCUUAUUUAAAGGGAUACUUUUGUAAAAGUAAAACCUUGUAUAAAGAACAAAACGUUUCUUAAUUUUAUUGUGGAGUUACAACUUGCAUGUUCUUUACUCCUGAUGUCUCAAUGGAACAGGUGCAUUCACGUUAUGAAAUAGAAAGAUCUGUCCAAGGACGCAGCUUGUACAAAAGGGUUGAAUUUGGGCUCUAUCAGUAAUAUUUGACAUUUUCACCAAAAUAUGGUUUGCACUUUUUAAUCUAAAUUCAUCCCUUCUAAGUGAAAUUUGCUCAUAAAGCAUUUGGAUACUAAGCCAUUAUUUGCCAUGUUUGGUACUUUAUACAAAGAAAAUUCAGCCCUACCCUUUAUAAUUUGAAGACACAGCAGAAAGGGGGCUUAGGGAUGAGGUCCUGGUUUUUAUUGUAUAAAUAGGAGUCAUGAUCAUUAGUUCCAUAGUAAUGACUUCCCAACACCUGGGCAUCUCUUCCAGAGUCAUCCCACUGGCUUAGUGUGUAUGCAUUAGGAGAGGAGAAUGAUGCUAACUUAUUUUUCCCUCUUUGGUUCUUAAAUAGCUUAGUUUCUUUAAUAACAGGUCAGACUUUAUUACAACAAUAACUGAAGUUAUUCUUUUAGGUUCUUGUGAAAUUCUCACCUAAAGCCACAUUCUUAGCCUAAGCCACUUCAUCUUUUAUGACAUAAAAUGAUGGUCGUCAAAUGAUUUUCCAUACCUUGUACUGAUCAAGUUACACACCCAGGGGUAUAUACACUUUAUUCAUGUUUCUUCUUUGUAUAUUUGGUGACUGUAUUGUCAUAGAUGUACAUAUUGUGUCGGUAGGGCUAUGAGGCAUGUUACAGGAAUGUAAUUUUCUCAGAAUUUACACUCACUUGCAGUCAUUUAUUUAAAAAGAUAAAACAAGAUAAUGGGUUCUUUGUAUUGGCACUUUGCACCAGAAACAUAUCAUUAUUUAUUGAUGUGAUUACUUAUUUGUUAUCCACCUUGUACUAGUAAGUUUUAGCACUGAAUUAUUCCUUCUUCAUUGUUGUUUGUAUUUAUGAAAUUCUGAAAUUAUGGGGAAUCAGUGUAAUGAUUAAGUUAUUCAUCACCAGGCUGUAAGCAAUAUCUUGAGUUUAUAGCUUAGAAUUGGGAGGAUACUGAACAUCUGGAAGACAAGUUCAUUUCAUCUUAAGAUCAUGGUGAAAUAUUUUGGAUAUAUAAAUUCCUUAAGCUAUUGUAACCAUGUUUUAUUGCAAAGAUGUAAAAUAUGCCAGAUGUGUGUGAGUUGGAAAUCAAAAAAACAAAAAAAGAAAAUAAAAUAUGCAAAGAAUUCAC